GUGACCACGUACGGGUCCAGGGCGGCAGAAUGGAGGAGGUGCCUCACGACUGUCCUGGGGCCGGCAGCGCCCAGGCGGGCCGAGGGACCUCAUGCCAAGGGUGCCCCAACCAGCGACUGUGCGCGUCCGGAGCCGGCGCCGCGCCUGACCCGGCCAUAGAGGAAAUCAAAGAGAAAAUGAAGACGGUGAAACACAAGAUCUUGGUGUUGUCUGGGAAAGGCGGCGUUGGGAAAAGCACGUUCAGCGCUCACCUCGCCCACGGCCUGGCGGAGGAUGAAAACACGCAGGUUGCUCUUCUAGACAUCGAUAUAUGCGGGCCGUCGAUUCCCAAGAUCAUGGGAUUGGAAGGAGAGCAGGUUCACCAGAGCGGCUCAGGCUGGUCUCCUGUGUUCCUGGAAGACAAUCUGGGGGUGAUGUCGGUGGGUUUCUUGCUCAGCAGUCCCGACGACGCUGUUAUCUGGAGGGGACCAAAGAAAAACGGCAUGAUCAAGCAGUUCCUUCGCGACGUGGACUGGGGAGAGGUCGACUACCUCGUCGUGGACACGCCGCCCGGGACGUCGGACGAACACCUGUCGAUUGUCCAGUACCUGGCCGCCACACGCAUCGACGGGGCAGUGAUAAUCACCACGCCUCAGGAGGUGUCGCUGCAGGAUGUCCGGAAGGAAAUCAGCUUCUGCCGCAAGGUGAAGCUGCCCAUCAUCGGGGUGGUGGAGAACAUGAGCAGCUUCGUCUGCCCCAACUGUAAGAAAGAGUCUCAGAUAUUCCCGCCAACGACCGGGGGUGCCGAGGUCAUGUGCCAGGACCUGAAGACCCCGCUUCUCGGCAGAGUGCCUCUGGACCCACACAUAGGUAAGAGUUGCGACAGAGGACAGUCUUUUAUGAUCGACGCGCCGGAUUCACCAGCCACUUUAGCCUACAGAAGUAUAAUUCAAAGAAUCCGAGAGUUCUGUCGUCUCCAUCAGCCCAAAGAAGAGCAGCUCGUUGGCUCCUGAGACCCCAGAGGACAGCGAGGAGGCACAGCACGCGGUCCAGCCUGACCCGCUGGGCGACAGAGUGGGAGCCCCGGGCGGAGAGGGAGCAGACUCGGGCGUGGGGUGAAGUCACAGUUCCAGAGACACUUGAGUCAUCUAAGAUUUGUACACUUCUCUCUAGAACAUACGUAAAGGGCGUUCCUUACACACGUGCCGUUUCACAAAUAAAAACGUCUCGGCCUCGCCCACGAGGCCCGCUUCA